ACCGAUAACCGGAAGCACAAAGAGGCGGGGGUGUCUGGUGACGACAAGCUCGGGGACUUUCCGGACCGUCUGCGAAAUGGUCCUGCUAUCAUUAAACUAAAGAAGAGCGUCCAUUAUCCUUACCAAAGAAGGACUUUAUUUUUUAUAUUGGGUUUCUGGUAAUCAAUUAUGGCAACUUAAACACCUACAAAAGAGAUGUCUAAGAUGGGGGGAGGGAUUUGAGAGCACAUACCCCUUGGUCUGUGUGUGUGUGUGUGUGUCUGUGUGUGUGAGUGAAAGUGUGAGUGUGCGUGCGCACGCUUGAGACAUUUAUUUCAUUUCUAAUGUUGAUACACAUAAUCACAUGCCACAAGUUUAAGUUUGAAUGGUUAGAUAUGUCUGUGCUAAAUAUACAAGAUAAUAAAGUGUGUACUGAUCCUGGGUGAUCUGACCUCACUGCAAUAUUAUGAUUAUUGAUGUAAGGAUGCAUUUAAAUUACUUUUUAAAAUAGUCCAUCCUUUUUCCCAUCCACAUUGAAGUUUCAGCAGUUAAAUGUUCAGAGGUAGUACUCUCUACUAGGUACAGGUAAAAAUGGAUCCAGGAGUAAAGUAUAGGCUAUACAGUAUGGAGGGAAUGGGCAUCUCAGGCUUUUUGUGUCCAAUACUGUGUGCCGGUGGAUGCUAGACUGGUAGUUUUGUUUCUUCUGCACUAAGUUUCACACUUAGCAAAACCUUAGUUUCUUUUUUACUGUCUCUUCACUGUUUCUGUUUUUGAUUUGAGAUAACCUCCCACCCCCUCUGCCCCCUGAUCUUUAGUAUAGUACUAAUUUCUGUUCCAUUUUGAGUGAGUGUAUAAGUGUGAGAAAGCGAGACCAUGGGUUUUCUCAAACCCCUCUCCCUUUAAAGGACAUCUCUUUUGCCUUCAUAUUUCUAAACUUAAAUUCAAAAAUGGAAACUCUCGUUCAACUCAAAAACAACCAAUUUUUGAUGGGGUUGUGUCGCAGUGGGCCUCCACCUGACCUACAAUAUGACAACUCUUCAGAACUCUUCCGCAUCUCUACGUUUGCGCGAUUCCCAGCUUCGGGAGUCACAGAGCGAAGUCUGGCAAGGGCAGGUUGGUUCUACACCGGUGUGGGCGACCGAGUGCAGUGUUUCAGGUGUAACGUGACGGCAGAGGGUUGGCAGGCCGGAGACUGUCCAACAGAGAAACACAGACAACUCUCUCCUUCCUGCUCCUUCAUCCAGAGCCUACCGUCUACAGCCAACCUGCUGUCCUCCUCUCACUCCGCCUUCUCCCCACUCCGCAUUGCCCCAGCCAUACCAAUUUCUGGUCCAGGCCCAGCUGCUCCUAACCCAACAGUAAGCCAAGGGGAAGAGCCAGUUGGCUACCUAAAUAUGGGCUUUACUGCUCCCCCACCCUCCAGUCCACUCAGCUCUCGUGGUGUAGAGGACAUGUCCCACCAGAGACCAACAUGCCACAACCCCAGCAUGCGCAGAGAGCAGGACCGCCUGGACUCCUUCCAUCCCUGGACACUCUCCAUCAUAACUCCUGCUGAGCUUGCCAAGGCGGGCUUCUACUACCUGGGCCAAGGCGACCGAGUGGCCUGCUUCAGCUGUGGAGGACAGUUGAGUAACUGGGAGCCAGGUGACAGAGCUGUAUCCGAGCACCAGAGGCAUUAUCCAAACUGUCGCUUUGUGCGGGGGGACAGAGCUGACAACGUGUCGCUGGCCGGAGCUGCCGUAGCUGCAUCUGGCGGAGUAACUUCCCAGCUGUCUUCAGGAGCCCCAACCCUCAGUAAUGUGUCCAACCCUGCCAUGCAGCAGAGCGAUGAGAGGCUGCUCACUUUUGUCAACUGGCCGUCUCGUAUCCCUGUCAGGCCUGACCAGCUGGCUAAAGCCGGUUUCUACUAUGUAGGUCGUAACGAUGAUGUCAAGUGUUUCUGCUGCGAUGGAGGCCUGCGAUGCUGGGAGUCCGGAGAUGAUCCUUGGGUGGAACAUGCUAAAUGGUUUCCUCGGUGUGAAUAUUUGCUCCAGGAGAAGGGACAAGAGUUUGUUCACCAGAUCCAGGCUCGCUUCCCUCGGCUGUUUGAGCAGCUUUUAACAAAUGGAGACAGCAGCUCCAGAGAGUUUGUGGAUCCACCUGUGGUUCACCUCGGUCCAGGAGAGGAGCGAUCCGAGGACGCUGUCAUGAUGAACACCCCUGUGAUUAAGUCGGCUUUAGAGAUGGGCUUUGAGCGUAGUCUAGUCAAGCAAACAGUCCAGAGCAAGAUCCUGACCAGCGGGGAGAACUACAGGACCGUCCAGGAGCUGGUUUUAGACCUGCUGAGUGCCGAGGACCAGAAAAGGGAGGAGGAGCGAGAGAUGCUGGCGGAGGCUAUGGCAUCAGAUGGUUUCACUUUUGUGAAGAGACACCAGGCAGCGUUGAUCCAGCGUCUGAAGAGUGUGGAGCCAGUGCUGGAGCAUUUAAGAGAGCAAAAUAUGUUAUCUACCGAGGAGUAUAGCGGUCUUAAGGCUCAGACGUCGCCUCAACAGCAAACUGCCCGGCUGAUAGAGCUAGUCCUCAACAAGGGAAACGCUGCAGCCGAGGUCUUCCGCAACUGGAUCCAGAAAAACGACGUACACUUGCUCCGAGAUCUCAUGGCCCAAUCAAACGAAGCUGCAUCACCCAGCCAAGAUCUUUCAGACCUCCCCAUGGAGGAGCAGCUGAGGCGCCUGCAGGAGGAGCGUACCUGCAAAGUUUGUAUGGAUAAAGAAGUCAACAUCGUCUUCAUCCCAUGUGGCCACCUGGUGGUGUGCAAAGAAUGUGCACCAUCACUGCGAAAGUGCCCAAUCUGCAGAGGCCUGGUUAAAGGCACAGUCCGCACCUUCCUCUCAUAAGAGUGGCAUUUGUGUAGAAUGUAAGCAAUAUGAAAUACAUUUAUUGGAAAGUGCAGGAGGGAUGUUUUGCAUCUUUUUCGCCCCUAUGUAAUUUAACUGUCCAAACUGAAUCCCAAGAGGCAUUCAAAUAUCACCCGCUUUCUACAUAAUCUAAAUGAACAGCUGACAGACAGAACCUAAUCUGAUAUGAUAGAAUACAGUUAGUUGUACAAGACCGUUUAAUAUCUUGAUGUAAUCUUAACACUUCUGCUGGUAUUUAUUACCAAGUUUGGGUUAUAUUUACUGUAUCAUGUUAUCAGUUAAUACAAUAUGGAAAAAGUACAACAAAUAUAAUCAAUCCAAUGAACUGUUUCAUUGGUACUCAUCACAUUCAUCUCAACUCUCCACAAAUGUUAAACAAGCCUUUAGUGUGUUGAGUAAUGGCGUACAUUACAGUAAAUCAUGGUUACUGAAUCAGCUACAUAGGACUUUAUGAGCUGAGGUGUUUAGUAAUGUUCUGUAAAACCAUCAAUAUGGUUGGGAAGUCUCAAUUUAAGCAAGUUAUAAUUUGUCACAAGUGGACCCUGCAAUGACAGAAUAACCAAAUUACAUCAACUACAAACUAAACUCACACUAACUUUGCCAACUUAUGUUUAAAGCAAGACUUGUUUUAAGUUUAAAAAUUCUAAUCAGUUUAACUACUUCAGCAAGUCAGGUAUAUUCUUUUACAACCUCACUUUUAAACUGAACCGACUUUAGUGCAUUACUGUGUACUCCAGUGUAACCACAGCUAUUGUUUUUCCUAUUUUAAAUAAAACGUGGAUAAAUUCUGUCCUAUGAAGUU